CUUCCGGCCUGAACAAAUGAAUUACCAGUUGGACACCUGCGAAGAAAUCCUGCGAAGGCGUUAUCGAGGCUUGCCCAGCUUCGGAAGAGACUGUUAGUAAACACGAAUGAAAAAGCGUUUUCAGCAGUGACAGUUAUUAAGCCGGUAUAGUGAAUAUCUGGUCGUUUUAGAAGAAAUGAAGACUGUAACAUGCUUGUUGCGAUCAGUUGUUAAACUGUGAAUAAUGCAAUGUCCAAGAAGACGACGCGGCGUUUUGUAUGGCUCCAAAAUAUUGCAUCCCAGGACGUUUCAGCAACUAUGGAAACUCCAUGAAAGAAACAGGCUACUGUAUUUUGAUUUCCAACUAAUGAGGACAGGGCAGCUACAUUGUAUAAAGCUAUUCCACAAAAAGACUGGAAACCUUCAAAACAUGUAGUUGUUUGCAUCGAACAUUUUGAAGAAAGUGAUUUCAAUUAAUGUGGGUGUAUCUUGCAGUGAGGAAGGAAAUAUUCAAGAAGUUGGUAGUAAUAGGAACCUUUUGUAACCCAGUGCAGUGCCAAGGAUAUUCUCAGGUUUACCAAAAUGUUUUAAUAAUGUCAGUACUUCAUCUUAUGUUGUCAUGGUAUGAGAAGAGAGAGAUAACUUAAAAUAUUGGAAGAAAAACUGAACCAGUGGUUGAAAAAGGAUUCGAAUUAUCAGUAAGAACAAGUGAAAAAAUUCAGCUUAGACACAGACAGCAACUUCCAGAACCAGUUGAUGAAAUGACAGCUGAUGUUAUGCAUUAUGCCUCGGUUUCAAAGGAUCCUUUCAAUCUCUCUCAUAUGGCAUUGUCAAUGCCAGUAAAUAUUCAUUAUGGAAGUACAGCUGGUGCUAAACAAGAAGACAGUGAUAACUCUGCUUCGUCAGAUGAUCCUUUUAGGGACUCUUUCAGCAAAUUGCAAGAUUUGGAGUAUUUUGAUACUGAUUCAUCUAGCUGGGAUCAGAGUGCAGCUAGCUUCAUGUCUUGGUCUGAUCAGGAAUUUGAAUCAGCUACAACAGAAAGAAUUCAGAAACUCAUGGAUGAUAUUGAAUGCAUCUUAUACGAUGAACCUUUGGAAACACCACCUAGCAAGGAAAUUAUUGAUGAAUGCCGAAUGUGGAAGGAGGCAUUUCCACAUAUGAGAGUUAGGGGACAUGGAAUCAAGAUGAUUGCAGUGCCUCAAGAAGGGGAAUCUCAUGAAAGCAUUAUUCAAGAAGAGGUUUUUGCUGUUGAUGGAGUUGUAAAUGAUGCCAAAGAGAGCAGUUCUUUAAAAAGAAGGGAGUCAUCGGCUGAUAACUCUGCUGCCCAUUGUAAGGAAGUUCCUAUAACAGAAGAAUCUAAAUCUUGCCAGCUUGAGAAUAUGGUGGAAAACUAUGUGUUACAACAACUUGCUUCAUAUAUACAGUCAGAAGUUAUUAAAAAACUUACGUGUGAUGUACAGAGUAGUGAAUGUAGUUCAGGUAAAAAGUGUGACAAAUUACCAGAUGUAUGUUUCCAAAAUUCCGCUUCUCCACAAACUGUGGUAUCUGUGCUAAGUGAUUCAGAAUCUGAUGACACAAAUUCAGCUCGGACAGUUUUGUCUAAAUCAUCACGUACUAGGGAGGUGCUAAUUAGCAGUUCAUCAAGAUCAGAACUUCGUUUGCAGAAUAAUAAUGCAUUUUCCACACCACGUUUGUUUGACGUUGGGAAUUACACUGUAGAAUAUCCAUCAUUCUCUGUUAUUGGUUCAGCACCAGUGAGCUUGCCACCACCUAGGACUGCUAGUUCAUCAGUACAUGAGGCACGAUCAUUUCAUAGUGCAGCAGAAAGAAACAAAAGACAGUAUGCUGACAGACGAUUCAGUUGUGGAUUUACGGCUCGAGAGAGAUCUUCACACCAAGUCCAAGAAGCAGAUGAAAAGAAUCAAAAAUAUAAGGCAUUGCUUUACAACAGCAAUAAUCGAAAGCAAUUCUUACCACCAAAUCCACAGGAUAAAUUAAAUAAACGUUUAGUAUUACCUCCAAUUGACAAAGUGGAAACUCAGAAGAUGUCGGCAUCCCAUGGGCCAAAUAAAACUCUCAGUGUUCAUGGGUUUGGAUUUUCAAGAUCAGAAUUUAUUAAACCAUCAGUAGCUCAGCAUCCUGGAAUGAGUAAAUUUGGUAGGCGCAAGAAUGAACAGCAGCUUAAGAAAGUUUAGUAUCCAUGAUUAUGUCAGUGCAGAUGUGAUGUGGCUCCUGAGAAGUCUUUAAUUUGAUUCCAAAUCCAACAGUAUCUCUGCCAAUUAGAUGAUUUCUCAACUGUGACAGACGAUUCUGAUGUGGGAUGUAUUUUGGAUGUAGAAAAAGACCGCUAUCAGUCAUUAUAACUUACUGGUGCACCUGUGAUCCUCAAAAAGAAAGAAAAAAGACACUGCAUUUCACAGACUUAAAAAUAUAACAUGGAAUAAUACAAAGUGUUGUAAAUGAAGCACUCACAGAGGUAAAAUAAAUUGAUGGAUGCUGUUUCAAAUGUUCAUGAAAGCUACAGAAAAUUAAAAACUGUUAUUACCCCAUAUCAUAAUUAGAUAAUAAUCUUAUAGAAUUAAAAUAAGUUGUCUGAAACUGAUACAGUGAAAAGUCUGGGAUGAAAUAACAACAGUAUGGAAGGGGUGAACUGCUACUCACCACAUAGAGGAGAGAUUGAAUUGCAGGCUUCCUAGUGUUCUUUUUCAUUGUGCCUGUCUGGCACUUAAUGCCUCCUUCAUAUGGUGAGUAGCAAUCAAUCAUUUCCAUAUAUUCUGAAACUCAUAGUGUUAACACAUUUGCUUGUGUUUCACAUGAACAAAAAUAAUCACCACUUUAUUUAUAAUAUACCACCAACAAAUGUGUGCUAAUGACAUGUUCUAAUUGAAUGAAUUCAUAAAAGCUACACCUAAAAUAUUUUUACAUUAAUGCUCUGAGUAGAUUUGUGUGCUUUAUGAUGAAUAAAAUUACAUACAUUUGAAGAUAUGUUUAAAUAUUUCAUGGUACUGAAGUAAAUUUUAAUUGU